AUGGAUGCAUCGUACCGCAUCCAUUCACGGCUUUUUCCAAACCUACGCACGGAAACGGAGGAACUAAGCGGCGGAUUCGAAAUCUAUUGGGCUGCAGCCGAACAACAUAAGAUUGGUGACCUGUUUGAUGAAGGUCUCGCUUGGCGAAUCCUGAAGAUCACGCACUGCCUUGGUUCUGUCAACAGCCCCGUCAAGAUCUCUGUCGAAGAUAGAUUUCUACUUUUAUCUGGUAUGGACUACAGAGAACAACAAACACAAGAAAUUGAAGCCCUACAAGCAAUAUAUCAAGAAGAAGAGUUCACAGUUAUUUGCGAUGAGUAUCCGAGUAUUUCUUUACGAGUAAACCUCAAGACGAAUCAGGAAAACGAAUGCGAUAGCGAUUUUGAAGUAGCACUUGUGAUAGGUUUACCAGAGAAUUAUCCGGAUGUCAUCCCACGGAUUUCUCUAGAGGGAAUUGACCACCUUUUCAGCGAGGAGCGGAUACGGAAGGCGGUUGAGAUGUUAGAAAACGAAGCAAGUAACAAUUUGGGCAUGGUGAUGGUCUUUUCUAUAGUCAGUGCUCUUCAGGAAGAAAUGGGGGCUUUACUGGCUGAAAAAAAGAAAGAGGCAGAACGAAAAGUCGAAGAGGAAAAAGAAAAAGCUGAAGCAAUAGCACGGAAGAAGUUCGAAGGUACACCGGUGACGCCACAAACUUUCCUAGCAUGGAAGGAGAAGUUCGACAAGGAACGAAAAGCGCUCGUGGAAAGGAAGCAGAAGGAACGUGAAGCCGCCUUAUCUGGAAAAUUAACGGGCAAGCAACUAUUUCUGAAGGACGCUACUCUCAAUCUUUCGGAUGUGGCGUUGAUCGAACAGAGCGUGGAAAUCGAUGAGUCUUUGUUUGAUGAGGAAAUCGAAGGCUUGGAGUUGGAUUCCGAUGAAGACUAG